AACAUACUUUCCCCACAUUUCAGGAUUGGAUGCAACAUCUGAACGCGAAUGAAGCGAUAAGUACGAGCUUGCUGGGUCAGAUAUAAGCGCAUAUAUGCAGCCUCUUGAUCCUUCGAAUGCCAAAUCCCAUUCAAAUUCUCUGCACUCGACUUUCCACACAUACAAGCCUCUGCAUCGAGUCUCGACUCGCCAAACGUUGGCUAUCCUCUCCUGUCAGGACAAAUGCACAAGGAAUCUGGCCCAGCCUAGACGAGAACUCAGACCAGUAGGGAGGUGAAGCCGGACCAUCAACGCAAUGAUUCGAAGGUGUACAAGCAGUGCCAUCGAGCACGCCGGAACAGCGACCCAUGCAAAGUCGUCUGUUCUCGUCACCCCACCCGUCGCUCGUACAGGUUCGGCAACCAAUCAUCGUAGACACUUGUGGAGCUACGAGCGAACCUCUGCACGGCUCCUUGCUCGGGACUGCCUCAACUUUACAAUGAGCCCAAAGCGGAAGCGGCACGGCCUGCAGCUCUUAGACCGGUUGGACGCAGGGAAAAGAGAGCUGCACAGCACCUCAACGACUCGGGCUACGCGAGUGGUAGACUACUUGUUGGCGGAUGUUGGAGAAGGUAUAACAGAGUGCGAAAUCAUCAAAUGGUUCGUUGCACCUGCGAACGACGUCGCCGAGUUCGACGCGUUGGUAGAAGUGCAGUCCGACAAGGCCUCAGUCGAGAUCACCUCGCGAUAUGCGGGCAAGAUCAUCGAGCAGUGCUACGCCGUUGGCCAAGUGGCGAGAGUAGGAACGCCUCUUUGCAAGAUCGAAGUGGAAGAUGACACGGAAUUUGCGGCUGCUGAGCUCAGCUCGGAGCGGCUCGAGCCGACGAAUGCUUCUACCGCAGCUUCGGAAUCAUCGAUCAGCUCCAACGUCACGCCAUCAGCCCCGGAAAUAAACUCUUCUGCUGCGACUUCCAGUCCUAGCUCGGGAAAGCAUGCUGCAUUGGCAACGCCGGCUGUGCGAAGGAUUUGCAGGGAGGAGCAGGUGGAUGUGUCGGAUGUGACGGGUACGGGAAAGGAUGGACGCGUGACGAAAGAGGAUGUCAUGAUGUACGUCGCGACCAGAUCGUCGGCAGCCGAGUCAUCGCCAGGCAUCAUGCCAACAGACCCCACACAUGCAAUGGCGAAUGAGCAGGACGCAGAAGUGGAACUCAGUCCCAUCAAGCGAGCCAUGUUCAGAGCCAUGACGGCUUCCUGGGACAUACCCCAUUUCGGCUACUCUGAGGAAUUGGACGUGACGGAGUUGGAACGGCUGCGCAAGAGCAUCAAUGCAUCUCACGAACAGACUGCGACGAAGCUUACGAUGCUACCGCUGCUCUUGAAAGCUCUAUCGAUGGCGCUGUACGACCACGCGCUGUUCAGGUGCAUGGUGCCUUCUCAGGGCGCUUCCUCGUCUCCUUCUGCGCCAAGCACACUGCUGCAAAGGGCAACGCACGACAUCUCCAUCGCCUUUUCCACUCCCUCUGGUCUUCUCACUCCCACACUGCCCGACAUUCGACGAUUGUCGGUCUCGGACAUUUCGCAGCACGUCAAGCGAUUGCAAGACAAGGCUUCAUCGAGGGAAAGUAGAGGGUUGAGCAGGGCGGAUCUGCGCAGCGAUAGACCUGGAAGCGUCACUCUGAGCAAUGUGGGCACUGUUGGAGGAACGGCAAUGAGCCCCCUCAUACCGCCCACUGGACAGCUCGCUAUCGGAGCCAUAGGCAAAGCCAGAUUGCUGCCGAGAUAUGUCGAUGAAGCCGAUCUGUCCGCGCAUGCCAACGCAUCGCCCAUUCCUCAACCCAGACUCAUCUUGCCCACCUCUUGGACCGCUGAUCAUCGCUUUGUAGAGGGCGUCGAAUUGGCAAAGUUGGUGCAGGAUUGGAAAGCGAACGUCGAGCAUCCGCACAGAUGGGUCCUUCGUCUCCGAUAAGUGCUCUGGCACCAGCCUUUGCUCUCAGGACCCCUCUCGACGCUGUACGCUUGUUUGAAACGACUCCCCUCACGCUUUCGAGCAGAUGCUACUCAGUUUGUCACGCAGAACAGCGAAAGAAAAACGAAACGCAGUGCGCCGCGCAAGUUGGUCCUUGUCUGACAAGACAUUCAUCCUCACAACUCCUUGACAAUGGACCCCACUGCAAACCGAUUUUGUGAUCGAUCUCCUAGAUAGACAUUGCCCCUGCAGCACAGCGCCAAUCGUACACGGCACCUCAUCUCUUGCCCUUCGCUCUGUCUGAGUGCGUCCUUCAAGCAGCAGCCAAGAAGUAGAUUUCCGAUCGCCGCUCGGCGGCCCAGCGCUCUCGCUCUUGUCGAUGCAAGUCGCCGAGGCUGCUCCAUUCGUUCCUCUCUCUCUCCUACGCUCAGCAAGGCUGCUGCUGCUGCUGGUGGUGG